AUAAAAUUUUCACAAAAUUAAACUCCAACUCAAAUGCGCUUACCUUUUCGUCUCUUUUUACUAGUUUUUAAUCUUAACUUGUGGUUGCUAGUAGAAAAAAAUUCUUGGAAACCAGCAAUUACUACACUCAGCUUGCUCUAAAAGUCGGAACAAGUUUAGUCAUCCUUGUGUACACACGCUUACCGUUUGACAUUCUGGCAGGAAUCUGUAUAAAUAUGCAAACUUUAUAUUUUGCGGGCGUUAUUGGCUUAAUUGUCGUACACUUCUCAAUUUUGGUGAUGGGCUUCUACGAAUAUCAAAACUUGGUGUCUAUGUAACGCGCGAUGUCUACCAGCAGAUGCCUAAGGAAUCACAAAACAUAUGUUUGAUAUACGCUUGAAGGAGUCAUAGUAGUAAGGUUUUGUUGAAAUACGUUCCAAAGGGAACGAACACUUAGAUUGAGAGGAAAACGACAUUCCUAAUGUUUUUAACAGAAAUUUAUAUUAUUAAAAAAUAUACCCAUAUAUAUAUUUUUUGGAUUUUUUUUCAGUGCCGAGAGUUUCAACAACACUGGUCCGGCUUGCACUUGGGCACUACCCCUGUUCGCAGCAAAUGUUACAUCUAUCGGCUAUGGAAGCACAAGAUUUGGUGAGAAGAAAGCCAAAACAUGACUAUCAGAAAACAAGAGAAAACUUCUCUGACAACUAUUUUAAAAUUUUUUAGUAGUAGGAUUUUAAAGUAGUAAAUAAUUAAAUUUAUACUUAAUUAGUUUGUAUGUAUACUUUUCCAUACUUAGCUGGUUUAGCAUCGGACACUUUAAUGAAGACGAACCUAACUAUUUUGACGAAUGAAGAAUGCGGUAAAUACUAUGAGCAAGAUGACGAUUUGCUUUAUCGUGGCAUUAUUCAUUCGCAGUUGUGAGGAAAUGAUACAGUUGGAAUGAACGAUACUUCUCAGGGGGACUCUGGCGGACCCAUUAUAAUGUACCGUACUGGUGAUGAUAAUUACUUUUACGAAAUGCCGUACGUGGUUGACAUCACCUCAUUCGGCAAUGGUUGCGGUUCUGGGGUGCCGGGGGUGUACACACGUGUCGCCAGCUAUAUAGACUGGAUUGAGAAAAUCGUAUACUGAGAAAAUAAGCAAAUAAUGUAACUGAUGAGACGCAAUUAUUUUCCAAUAAAAAUUAUAACCUAAAAGUUCAAUGAAAACUAACCUAAAAUAUUUUCAUUUCUGGCGCUUACAUAAGAGCUUUUUCCUAUA